GAGGCUUUCGGCAUGCUUGCUUGUGCUCCUUCCUUUAAGCAGGUCUUGCAUUUUUCCAAACAUACUGCAAAUUCUGAAGUUCCGGAAUGAAAGUCCUCCUCGCAGCUGAGAAAUAAGAAGGCUGGUGGUUUCGAAUGCCUUUUUCUGGGGACAAGCCUGCAAUUAGCAUCCCAAAGCAUCAAGAUGCAUCAUGAGACAAGGGGUUUCAGUUAACACCCACCGGUCACUUAAUUUCCUUUGCCGUUCCGGCUCCGCUGACAACUUUUUUGUAUGGGAAGCAAAAUACCAGUUAGACCCAUUUAACUUUCCUUUAGACUGCAUGGUGGCUUGGCAGCUGAUUGGCAUGAAACACUGUCUGGAACAAUGUUGACUUUGGAAUGGGAAUCCGAGGGGCUGCAAACAGUGGGCAUUGUUGUGAUUAUCUUUGCGUCUCUGAAGCUGCUCCAUUUGCUUGGACUGAUCGACUUUUCGGAAGACAGCAUAGAAGAUGAAAUGGAAAUGGCCACUGUACGGCAUCGACCUGAAGCCCUUGAACUGUUGGAAGCACAGAGCAAAUUCACAAAGAAAGAACUUCAGAUUCUAUAUAGGGGAUUCAAAAAUGAAUGUCCCAGUGGGAUUGUUAAUGAAGAGACCUUCAAAGAGAUUUACUCUCAGUUCUUCCCACAGGGAGAUUCCACAACAUAUGCACAUUUUCUGUUCAAUGCAUUUGACACAGAUCAUAAUGGAUGUGUGAGUUUUGAGGAUUUUGUCAUGGGCCUUUCAAUUUUGCUUCGAGGGACAGUGCAGGAAAAACUCAACUGGGCUUUCAAUUUGUAUGAUAUAAACAAAGAUGGCUAUAUAACGAAAGAGGAAAUGCUUGAUAUAAUGAAGGCUAUAUAUGAUAUGAUGGGGAAAUGCACUUAUCCUGUUCUUAGAGAGGAUGCCCCAAGACAACACGUGGAAACAUUUUUCCAGAAGAUGGACAAGAACAAAGAUGGUGUGGUUACCAUAGAUGAAUUCAUUGAAAGCUGCCAAAAAGAUGAAAACAUAAUGCGUUCCAUGCAACUCUUUGAAAAUGUAAUUUAACCUCAUGCAGCUCUCCCUUCGAUCAGUGGACAAUAUGAACAAUUCUGUAGCAACACAUCUAUAAACGUUGCCACUUAUGAAACAGGAUUGUCAGCUUUACACUGAGAUGUCUAUAAUGCAAAUAAGCUUUGUUUAAUUAAAGCCUUCCUUCUGAGACUGUAUUUUUCCACUAGCUGAGGUAAAGCAAAGUCAUUAAACGACGCUCUCGUAGUUGUUUUUAAAAUGUCCUUUGGUCCGUAGAACAACCCAAAGAAAACAGCAAUAGGGAAAUUGCAUUAUUGUCGUCAUUCCAACUUUAACAGAAGAGGUCUUGG